AUAGACGAGCCCCAAUCGACUCAGCAGCAUAGGGGGAAAAUGGCAGAGGGACACAACGGAGGUCCGCUGUUGGUCGGCACGACCACCACGCUGCUGUUCCUGGCUACUAUUUCUGUGGCGGCUCGUUGCUACAACCAGAUCGUCUUGAUGAAGCGAUUUCAGAUCGAGGACUGGCUCGCUGUUGUAACAUGGUUUGUCUUUGCGCUCUUUACUGGAAUCUGCUGCACUGGAGUCCACUACGGACUCGGCAAGAGCGUUGAAGAUGUUCCCAUGAAGAAUCGUCCCAAGGCCUUAUUCUUCAAGUACUUGGGCAUGACGACGUACGUGGCCGCGUCGGGUCUCAUAAAGUUCGUGGUCGGACUUUACCUCGUCAAGCUCUUCUCGGCGUCGCGCCAGAAGUGGCAAACCCGGUUCCUAUGGACGCUGCUCGCCAUCGUCGGCGUUGUCAACACGGCCUAUUUCUUCAUCAGCAUCUUUCAGUGCAACCCCAUUGAGCGGUUCUGGAUGCAGAACGACCCGGACUGGCCCAAGCGAGGUCGCUGCCUCAAAACCUGGCUUGCGCUGGCGUCGACCUACACGGUCAACAUUGUCAACAUCAUCGCCGACGUCGCGCUCGCCCUGCUGCCGAUAUCCUUGGUCUGGAAUUCCAAAAUGGACAAAAGGACGAAGUGGUCCGUCGUCGCCAUUCUUUCCAUCGGAUCAGCGGCCUCCAUAUGCACCAUCAUCCGCGUCCCCUUCGUGUACCAGCUGCUUGCCAACAAGGAGUACCUCGCCAACUUUAUUGACCUGGGUGUCUGGAGCGCCGUCGAGAUCGGGCUGGCCAUUGUUGCGUCGUCUGCCGCCACGCUCCGCCCCUUGUUCAGGAAACUGAAGCUUCUACAGACUACCAUCGUGCAUCGCAGUCGUAAAUCUGGCCACUCGCGCUCUCGCAGCUUCCAGAUUUUCCCCAAGGAUAGGAAGAACAGCAUGGGCAAUGCGCUGGGCCAGAACGACGCAGCUCCCAAGUCCACCAGCAGCAAGGGGCUCAGCUCUUUCGGGGGCAGUACGUUCGGUACCGACACCAAGAUCUCUUUCAGCCAGGCCUUGGGCAACAAAAAGUCUUACGCGACGCUCGAGGGCGACACCCUGAACGACCCCUCGGACGACAUUGCCAACGGCGGCAACCCAAAACAUAAAAGACGGUCCAGCCCCAUACAUGUGCGCACUUCCAUCUUCGUCGACGUCGAGAAGGGUGAGGGCGGUGACGGAGACAUCGUCUCGCCGACAAUGCACCCCAGGUACCACCCACCUUUUCAAUCUUCGACCAGCGAACACAGGCGGACAGAUAGCGAAGAGCGAUCGAUGUGGGGGAAGAGGGAAUCGCAAGCACAUCAAUACCACAUUCCACACACUCACCAGCGGAGCAAGACCCGGGACCACGAACUGGCAGAUCUCGAGGAGGUCAGUAACGACGGCGGCGGCCGCACUCAUGAGAGGCUCCUAUCGCCCAGGACUCCGAGAUCGCCAUUUCCCAUGAUUUCACCCACUUCCUCACGAUCGCCCGCGUCGCCGUUACUCAGCAGCAACAUGCCUUCGCCAUACUCCCCAUCCUUCUCUCUCACGUCGCCCAAGGUCAACAACAACAAUAACAAUAAUAACAACAACAACGGCACCCCUUCACCUUAUAGUCCGCACUUUCCGCCGCCUCUAGCCUCACCCACGCUAGAAACACAAGUCGAGCUGCAGCAACCGCAGCCAACACACCAGCCUGCAGCAAAACCCCAGGGCAGCCUGCUUCCUGUGCCACCUGUACGUGAGAGCGAGACGAGGAGACUGAGCAGCCCAAUGUAG